AUGAAAACACUAAGGUGUUUUUUAGGAGCUGCAGCUGUUGUUAUUUUAGCAUUUGCUAAAAUUUCGGAAGCUCAACUUUUGAAUCUCAAUCUUGGAGCAGGAGGAUUAGCUUCAGGCUUGGGAGGAUUACUUGGAGGUGGCCAAGGAGGAAGAGCUUCGGGAGAUGCUCAGGAGACAACAACUCGUAGCAAUGGUGGAUCAAAUGCGAAUUCUCAAUUUUUGAAGUCCGAAAUUAGUUCUAACCCAAGUGAUGAAAAUUCCAAUCGAAAUGUCAGAUAUUCUGGUAGCAGGCAAGGGCCAGGAUCUGCAGGAGGAAGUAAUUCCCACUACAAUAACCAGCAAUCAUCUACUCGCAACAAUGAUGAAUCAAAUAGAAAUUCUCAAUUUUCGAGAUCAGAAUAUAGUUCUUACCCAAGUUCGAGUAAUUCCAACCGUAAUGUCAAAUACACUUAUGGAAACCCACAGACCAGUAGCAGCCAAGGGCAAGGAUCUAGAGGAAGGGGUGUUUCUCAAUAUAAUAUCCAGCAAUCAUCUACUCGCAACAAUGAUGAAUCAGAUAGCAAUUCUCGAUUUUCGAAGUCCAUUUAUAGUUAUAACCCAAAUGAUGAAAAUUCCAAUCGAAAUAUCAGAUACACUUAUACAUCUGGUGGACAACCAGUACGUGUGCAGACUAGUAACCGGCAAGGUCAGGGAUCUGCAGGAGGAAGAGUUUAUUACUACGAUAAUCAACAAUUUCGAAACAAUGAUGCAUCAAAUAAAAAUUCUCAAUUUUCGAGAUCUGAAUAUAGUCCCUACCCAAGUUACAGUAAUUCCAAUCGUAAUGUCAAAUACGUCUAUGGAGACCCAGUAAGUACACAGACUAGUAACCGGCAAGGUCAGGGAUCUGCAGGAGGAAGAGUUUCUUACUACGAUAAUCAACAAUAUCCAAACAAUGAUGCAUCAAAUAAAAACUCUCAAUUUUCGAACUCGGAAUAUAGUUUUAACCCAAGUGGUGGAAAUUCAAAUCGAAAUAUUAGAUACACCUAUACAUCUGGUGGACAACCAGUACGUACACAGACUAGUAGCUGGCAACGGCAGGGCUCUGCAGGACGGGAUGUUUCUAACUACAACAUCCAGCAAUCAUCUAGUCGAAACAAUGAUGAAUCAAAUAGAAACUCUCAAUUUUCGAAGUCCGAAUAUAGUUCUUACCCAAGUGAUGAAAAUUCCAAUCGCAAUAGCAGAUACACCUAUUCGUCGAAUGGAAACCCAAUAACCAUACAAACUGGUGUUAGACAAGAAAAGGGAUCUGCAGGUCGAGGUGUUUCAGACUUCAACAUCCAAGAAUCAUCUACUCAAAACAGGGGUGCACCGAACAAAAAUUCUCAAUUUACCAAUUCUGAAUAUACUACUUAUCCAAGUGAUUAUAAUUCCAAUCGCAAUGUCAAGUACACGUAUACAUCUACUGGAAACCCAGGAAGCAUAGAAACUGGUAGCAGUCAAGGGCAGGGAUCUGCAGGACGAGGUGUUUCUCACUACAACACUCAGCGUUCUUCUACUCAAAAUAAUGACGAAUCAAAUAGAAACUAUCAGCGUUCUGACUAUCAGUCAGUAGUUUCUCCAAAGGGAGAUACUUCGAAUUACAAUAUUCAAUACUCCCAAUCCUCGAAUGGAAAUCGGGGAAGAAAACAAACAAAUGAAGAUAAUUCAAAUUACGACGUCCAAUACACCCAAUCUUCGAAUGGAAAUCGAGGAAGAAAACAAUCGGGAAAUAGACAAGAUCACGAAUUUGAGGGUUAUUCUGAAAGAAAUAGAGGAGGACAAAGGGAAUCCCAAAAUAGUAGGGUAACUAAUAACAGAGAUUCUUCCCAAUCGCAAUUUAGCUUUAGUCCGUCACCCGACCUUUUAGAAAUUAUAAGAAGAGCACAGAAUCAAAAAAAUCCCGGUACAUCAUCUAAUGGACUUCUCGGAAAUUUGGUUUCUAAUGGUCUCGGUAGCUUAGUAAGUGCACUUACUGGAAAUAAUGCAGUCACUGAUGGGCGUACACCUAUAAUUUCUGGUUCAUUGUCAAUAAACCUUCCGCCUAAUUCAAGAAAUAGAAAUUCUGGUUCAAUAUCGCAAACCAAGACUACUAAAAAUAACCAAGCAUAUAUCGAAAGACCAAUAAGCACUUCUAGUUCACAAACAUUUAAAUCUUCAGACCGAAUGGAGAAUUCCAACACACAGAGAAAUCAACCAGGACAACAUGAAUUAACACAAAGUUCAAACAUAUAUUCUUCCGAAUCAUCAAAUCCUAUUUCAGGAACUAACACUCAUGAUGUGCAAACAGAAACAAGAAAUAAAGCCACUCCUUCGAAUGAUGAGAGAUUAAUAUCAAGGACUGAAACACUGUCAGGAGAAAUUAAUAAUAAACAACCGAAAACAACAGAAACACAUUAUUCAACAUCUUCUCACCAAACAUCUGAAAACAGUGCCACGAAUUCGGAAACGAAUUCCAGAACUGAACAAAUUGUUAAAACCACUAAAUUUAUCGACGGCUCUUCGAACCAAAAUAAUGGAGUAUCAAUAUCGAUUACCCAACCAAAGCCUCCAGGAAGUAGCCAAGGACAAAACGGACCAACAAGUCCUAAUGACCGAACACCAGUUCGUAACAGUUCCCAAACGAUUACAUACAUUAAAACAUAUCCUUAUGAUCCUUCAACCAUUAUUCAACCUUUGGAAAUCACCGAAAGAAAUAAUGAAGUGAGAACGGAAUCGACAAACAGUCCUCGUAACCCAGAUAAUGGAGGCUCAACGUCAGUAAGCCAACCACAGUCUACAGAAAGCACCGAACGACAAAAUCAACCAACAACUUCUACUGAACAAAUUCCUGUUCAUAAUGGAGGUUCAACGUCAGUUACCCAACCACAGUCUACAGAAAGCACCCAAGGACAAGAUCAACCAACAAGUUCUACUGAACGAAUUCCUGUUCGUAACAGUUCUCAAACGAUAACGAUCACCACAUAUUCUGAAGACUCGACUGAAAAUGUUUCUUCAACCACAAUUCAGCCCUUGCAAACAACAGAAAGAAUUGAACCAGUGGAAUCCGAAUCGACAAACAGUCCUUUCAACCCAGAUAAUGGAGACUCAACGUCAGUAAGCCAACCACAGUCUACAGAAAGCAGCACAGAUAGUGUAGUCUCGACGCCAGUUAAUCAGCCACUGCGUAUAGAAAUUGGCCAAGAACAAAAUCCACCAGCAAUUUCCUCUGGAACACAACAGAUUAGGAAUGAUAUUAAUUCUGGUACAAAUGUCAAGCCUUGUGCAACAAAUCAAGGAAGACUACCAUACGUUAGUGGGACAGAGCUUGCAAAUAGUCCUUCCAACCCUAGCUAUUCUGCAAGGACAAGUCCAUUCCUCUUCAUCAAUAUCAUGGCAAGCCAAAUUAACUCACAAACAAGUUCUCUGCCAGCAUCUGAGAAUAUAGCAGCAGUCAGAAAAUCGUCUUUGGAAGCAACCGAUGGAAUUACUCAUGAUAAUAGCGCAACUGAAGCUGUUAAAUGUCCCUGUGCUUCCGAAAAUGGACAUGCAAAUUCCAUUCCUGCCGGAUCUUCGGCCAAUGUGCAAACUAAUCAAGAGCCGCAACCAUCUUAUAGUAGAUUAACAAGUGGUACCAUAAACUCUGGUUCUGGAAAUAAAUCUCCCAUUAUGACUGCCAUAGCGUUUAACAAUGAUGCUUCAGGAUCGCGUUACAGUGUUUCAGGAGAUAACUCAGGAAUAACACAAGGUGGAAAUAACAAUAACCCUGGAAAUCUGAACGUAGGAAGCCAGCCAGCAAGCUUCAACACCAUGCCACAAAUUUCAAAUAACGAUCUUAGCUUAGCAAAUACCCCAUGCGGCACUAAUAGUCUUCUAACAGCAAUUGGAAAUAUUGUUUCUGGAUUAGGAAAUAUAUUAAAUGGAUUGUCUGCAAAUAAUGCAAUUAAUGGAGCGUCAAAUACUGUCGGUAGUAGUGCAUCAGGCAAUGUCAAUGGUAUUUCCUUAGGUGUGACUAUAGGUAUAGGAGGCCAAAACGUGAACCCAGUUGCACCCUGAGCUGGAUAGGAUAGAACAAUCCAAAAAUCAUGCAAUUUUAAUUUUAAGCUUGUUUUCAUUUAAACUUUAACAAUUUGUAUACUUUUAAAUUUUUGUUUCCAUUAAAGCUGUCAGAGUAAAUAAUAAAAAUAAACUAUUUUAGAAUAUUAGUAAAAGUGUA